AUUUCAAAUGGCGCUUGGGACAUUGGAUGGCCCCUUACUGCGGAGACAGGGGCGCGUGACCGCAAUUAACAAAAGGAACAAAGACCGCCUGCGCUCGCAGAGAUCCAAGGAAUUCAACAGCAGGAGGUGACGUCAGAAUCCCGCAUUUUGCGGUUGAUACGGAGUAGAACAUUUAACCCUGUUCCUAACUUUAGUUUUUCGGUGACUUUUCCCCCCCCGCAAAAUACUUUCGUAUUAACUUCGCGAGAGAGACAUUGAGCAGUGACAGCAUGGCAAAUUCGUCUUGUUUUUCUUGAGAUUGGAAGGCUCCUAGAUUUCUCCUCGCAAACAGGGGAAGUGCCCCCUGUCCUUUGUCUGCCUCGGGUGAUUUUAAAGUAUUCGACAUGGACAUUUACCGAUACAAUGGUGUUUUUAUGGUCAAAAGACUGUUUAAUAAUGCAGUUUUUGAGAUUUCGAACAUGUCAGACAUUACGAAGGCGAACCCUCAGGGAUGCGAUAACGGGGCUUUGACAAACAGAUUCGGAGUCUUGAUUCAAGGGUUGCUGGCCAUAGUUGCCUUCAGUACAUUGAUGGUGAAGAGGUUCCGUGAGCCCGUAGGGAUCCGAAGACCAUGGAGGAUCUGGUUUUACGACAUGUCCAAGCAGGCCAUUGGCGCUCUCUUCAUCCACUUCGCCAAUGUGUUCCUCUCCAACCUCACAGAAAUGGACCCCUGUUCCCUGUAUCUUAUCAACUUCUUGCUCGAUGCCACGCUAGGCAUGCUGGUCAUCUGGGCGGGGGUCAAGGUUGUCUCCAGGAUCGUGGAGUACAAGCAGUUCACACUGCUCACCUUUGGAGAAUACGGUGACCCUCCCCAGGCUGCAGCAUGGCUCGGUCAGUGUGGUGUCUACCUUCUCAUCAUGGUCCUGGAGAAGAGUGUAGUCAGCUUGGUCCUGCUCAUUCCUGGAUGGACCAACCUGCAGUCUGUGUUGCUGGACUACAUUCCUAACCCUCAGGUGGACCUUGUGUUGGUCAUGCUCAUCGUGCCCGUCAUUGUCAACUCCAUAAUGUUCUGGGUGGUAGACAGUCUGAUGAUGAGGAAGUACAAGUACAAGAGCCUGGACGACUCCUGUGACCCCUCGACCAAGGUCGACUCCACGGCGCCGUGGGUUACUGGCGACGAGUCACAGGUCCUGUUGACCGUCGACACAGACGCUGAGGAGGAUUGUUCAACAAUGGUUCUAGGAGGGUCCCACUCUAGCCUCCCAGUAGUGGGCAUAAUACCUAGCUGGGUGGAGGUGUAGCUCUGGUAUCCAUCUCUUCAAGACCCUGACACACACGCUGACCCGUGCCACACACAAACACGAGCACGGCUGUGUGAAUGUACGCUCCUUCCAUAUCACACGCAUUUACUUUUUUUCAUUGUACACAUCCCAAUGAUGUCUUUGAUGACUUGGUUGUUAUGAGGAUGUUGAAUGUUAUAUUAACUAUGCUUUAUGAUGGGAGGGGGGUCCUUAACCCUUGCAGUCCCUGAUUACUGAAACAACAAGCUUGGUGGGGGCUAUAAAGUGUCUCGUAAUGGAGAUAAUUAGAGAGCGCAGUGAUGAUGAAAGAGUAAAUGUGUCCUCUCUCGGGGGGAUUUUGUGAAAAGGGUGUUUGUUGAGCUCCUUCACAUACCGCUACUCUUUAGAAGUUGAUACGGUAAGGUGUCGGUACAAUCUCCUCUUCUUUCAUCAUACAGAUAACUGCUUUGUUCAAACCUCGACAUACAGCAUCUACUGGUCUGUAAUUAAAUACGUUUUGGCCCUGUAGAAUCCACUACUAGUGUCCUUUCCUCCUUCGCCACUAACAAGUGGAAGGGCUGGAUAGUUUCAAUCAUAUGGAUUUCACCUAUCACGUCCACUCAGAUCAGUUGUCAGACUAUUGUAACUCAGCCGGUUGGACCUUAAAGUUGGAAAUGUUUUAUCUGAGUUGGACUGUAGUAGUCUGGUCUGGAACAGUUCUUCACACUAUCUCCAGAGGAUGUUUAACAAGAUGGAAAAUGGUAUUCUAUGUGGAAAAUGGACCAGAUCAUUUUAUAUUCCUCAUGGAUGUCCAUUUGGGAUUGAUCUGGAUUUAUCCAAAUAUUUGCAAUGUUUCUAAUAUGAACUAAAGAGCUUAGUGCCAUGGAGUGAUUUUGAACAUUCUAAUGUAUUUUCUUAUUUCUUUAGUGUAUUUGACAUAUUUUACUGUAUUCAUAAUACUUGGGGUUAAACCUGUGGUAAUGACAUGUAAUGGGAGAUUUCCAAGUGGUAUCCCAGAAAUGAUCGCGGUCAAUUCGGAGAUUACCCAAGAUACCAAAAUAGUGUUCAGUUUACAAUUGUAUGUUCAUUCUUAUAGAUCACAUUCCUCAAUCAUUGAGCUGUUAACUCUAACAUGAAAAUACACUACUGCCAUUUUUGUAUUAAUUGAAUUAUGUUCCUGGAACCAUUUAAUGUCUUAGUGAUGUGAAAGAUUCUGGUUGUGAGACCUGUCAUUUCACGUGACCUCAAAUGUGUGCAACAGCUACUGUGAGGACCUGCACCACUACGCUGUUUGCAUUUAUGCUAGUUUUUCACUGUAAAAAAAAAAAAAGAAGAUCUAUAUAUUUUUUUUAGCGUUGCUCCAGUCCAUCAUGUAUGUGUUUGUGGAAACAAUUUUUAAUUGUGACUGAAAUAGUUUGAAUGUUUAAUGGAUAUCCACUUGAAAGUGCCAUGUUGCUAUAUAUUCAUGAUUAAUUUAUGAUACGCGAAAAAUGUCUUUGUCUUUCGUCUUAACUGUUGUCACUCUUUUUGUAUUAUCAUAAUUUAAAUUAAAGUCAAAUUGUAAAAAAAUUUUUUUUUUAAACAGGUGUUAAAUUCCUUUGGUAGCUUAGGUCAGCCCGGUGGCCCCUGAGCUCGAUGACAGACACCUGAGCGGGACGUGGAGUAGUACACCUCUGUGACCCCAAACUGAUGAUAGGAGGGAUGAGGGGGAUGGUUAGGGGGGUGGUUAGAGAGGGAGCUAGUCAUUGGGACAUGUAGAGGAGAGGGUUAGUUAGGGGUGUGUCUGGUGUGACCAGGUGUGAUCCUAAGCAGUGUCGCCACAUGAGCUUGACCGGGUUCACCUGUUUGCUUUCCCAGUUAGCACCUAAACCUAGCAUGUAAAGAGCCUGCCUUCCUGCAAUGACCAAGGCCUGGAUUCAGUCCUAAUACGAGUUGUAGACAAUGCGGCCGUUAAACGCAAUUUCCGAUUGAGCAGCGUUUACUGAGAAUGUGAGCCCUGUAAACAUGAGGACAUUGUCUUUAAAGCCCUUGAUGGGAUUGACUCAGUAGGAUGGAGCACAGUACUAGUUUUGGGUGUGAUUCCUGCUUCGGCCACAUAUAGCACAUACUUUAUACUAAAUGUUUGUGUUAACUGUUAGUUACUUUCAUAGAGCUGUUUGCUUUGUGAGAACACUUGAA